AUGAAUCCUGAAUAUGACUAUUUGUUCAAGCUUUUGUUGAUUGGAGAUUCUGGUGUGGGCAAGUCAUGUCUCCUCCUGAGGUUUGCUGAUGAUUCAUACCUUGACAGCUAUAUCAGUACCAUUGGAGUGGACUUUAAAAUACGUACCGUUGAGCAAGACGGGAAGACCAUUAAACUUCAAAUUUGGGACACUGCUGGUCAAGAACGUUUCCGUACUAUCACUAGUAGUUACUACCGUGGGGCUCAUGGCAUAAUUGUUGUUUAUGAUGUCACUGACCAAGAGAGCUUCAACAAUGUUAAGCAGUGGCUGAAUGAAAUUGACCGCUAUGCAAGUGAAAACGUUAACAAGCUUCUAGUUGGAAACAAGAGUGAUCUAGCGGAUAAUAAAGUUGUGUCCUCUGAAACAGCAAAGGCAUUUGCAGAUGAAAUUGGAAUUCCUUUCAUGGAAACUAGUGCUAAAAAUGCCAACAAUGUGGAACAGGCUUUCAUGGCCAUGGCUGCUGAAAUAAAAAACAGAAUGGCUAGUCAACCAUCAAACAAUGCCAGGCCUCCAACAGUUCAAAUCCGAGGACAGCCAGUGAACCAGAAGUCUGGUUGCUGCUCGUCUUAG